UGUCAGAUUGGUUAAUCAUGAAAACGAGUAACAUGGUGCUCGUGCACUACUUUCUUUUAUGGAUGGCAUUCAAAAUUGAUCAAACAGCAGAAGCGAAAAAAGGGAAAAAGGGAGCGUCAAACAACCACAGGAAUACGAUUAUAAAGUGUUGCGGAAAGCUUUCGUGCACAAAUGUUGCUGGUAAAGUAAAGCCUGUCAGUAUCAUCACUCCAUCUAAAAGCUCGAAUUACUCCAGUGAUUUAUCGACAACCCUAGUAUCUGGGAAUAGGAAAACCGAGCCACCAACAGAAGCUCCAAUCACAGAUAUUCUGACAUCUAAUGGAAUUGUUGAAGAACCGACGUCACCAAUAUUUACGUCAGAGUCCCUGACUGAGACGUCAAGUCCCUCAACUAGCUCAAGCACUGCCUUAAGUAGUACCGUAAUAUCAACAACCACAAAAACCACAGUACCAUCAGUAUCAACAACAACGUCAACAACAAUACCUAAAGCAUCAACAGAUAUUAUAACGUCAUCAACAAGUACCUCAACAGAAGCAACAACAAAACUGACAAUAACCACAACUACCACAACAACAACAACAUCAACAACUACCACCACCACUACCACCACAACACCAUCAACAACCACGACCACGACCACUACAACAACAACAAAAGCUCCAACUAAAGAGGAACUUAUCCUCGGAACUUGCGAUACAACUUUCAAGGAAAACGAAAAGUUACUUGAUACUGACGGGACACUAAAAGAUCCCGAGAAAUAUGGAUUUUGGGUACAGUCGUGCGGGCAGCAAUUUCUCUUUGGAAAAUCUUUGGCCACAUGGAGGGAAAAUUUUGUUAGAUGUUACGAGAUCGGAAUGGAACCUCUAACAUUUGAAAAUGCAAGCAAGCAUCAAUGCUUCACAAAUCUAGUUGCUAAAUGGAAGUACAGUUCCAAUUACUGGACGUCUGCCUUAAGAGUGAACGCAACUGACUUUUCGUGGUGCACCAAAAACGGGUCGUUUUCGGUCGAGAAAGGAAAACUACCGUGGGCGGCAGGACAGCCCCAAAAUUUCAACAACAGUGAGAAUUGUCUGCACCUCAACGUGUCAAAAGCGAACGCGAAUUUCACUUUCUCGGACAGAACUUGCACCGAUCCGCAAAUAUUCGCAUGUCAAGGACGACCAACUCCGGCCCCUACGUGCUCAAGUCCAGUCUGCCCAAAUAUAACUUGUGCGAAAAAUGAUCUUUUCUAUACGACUGUAGGAAAAUUACAAUACUUAACAAAUCCAAAUUUCCACGGAAAAUGGUUUAGUUAUAACGGGCGGUCUUAUCUCUUCAGUUUUCCAAAUAAAACCACCUCUUAUAUUGGAGCGAUGAAGGCGUGUUGCGAAAUUGGGAUGAUUUUGUUAAGUUUAGAGUACGACUACAAAUACAAAUCACUCAUACAAGCGAUUAAAGAGAACGUAUCGUCGAGCGACUUUUUCAGAACUUCCGGCAGCGAUCAUGGCUGCGAAUCAAAUUUUGGCUAUUGCACGGUGAAGAGGACUUUGCGGCAAGAGGCCGUUUGGGCCCCUGAUCAACCGGACAACGCCGACGGAAAUGAAAGUUCCGUCGUUGUUUUCAUCAACGCCAGCAGCGCACAGUUAUUUGAUUAUAAUGAGGAAUCGAAAAUCAGAUACAUUUGCGAAGCGAGGGAUACUUCAAAUGCUAGUUCUGGAGGAACAGCAGUGCGAGAUGAAUGCGCUGCAAUUUACAACGUCAAUCAAACUGAAAUUGAUGGUCUUUUAAACCCGAGCAUUAAAAAAGACACAAGGAUAAAAUGUUUUCUCAAAUGUUUGGGUGAAAACUCCGGAUUGAUGGUGAAUGGAAAAUUUUUGGAGAACGAAGUUUUGGCAAUUUUGGAAAAAAUGGCUGCGGGAAAUUUGGACGACCUGCAGAAAAGCAUGGGAGUGAUGGACGAGUGCGGAAAUUCAACAAGUGGAAUGGACGAGUGCGACAAAGCGGCGCAAAUGAUAAAAUGCAGCAGCGAGAAAGCGCCCCAGGUUCUGAACAGCGUUGUUAUGGCGAUGGACCAAGCGAUUCCCGUGGAAAAGAUGCCUUUGCCUCCGGUGGCAGUUUGUCCGGAUACAUCAUGCAGUGGCGUUGCUAUUGACACUGUUGCUCAAAGUCAAGUGAACACUUGCAUCGGUUCGUGCACCCUCUCGAGUGGUUAUGUAUAUUCUGUGUGUAACAAGAAAUACUACCACCACGGUACUUACCUUCCAUAUAAGGAUGCAUACACCCUUUGUUGCCAAAUUGGAAUGAAACUUGCCUCGAUUGAAAGUGAUGCCGAAUUAAACUGUCUAGCUGGAAGUACCAACGUUUUGGCCGGAGAAUGGACGUGGGUUGCGUUGAGCAGAGUCAACAGCACCGUUCCUCGAUGGUGCACCUCGAACGCUACGGCGUCCUUCACAGGAUAUACUAACUUUUCAGACAGCUCUGACCCUGCAUUCGACACAUAUUCAGUGCGACUAAAUAUCAAGACCUUAAUAGCCGCAAGUCAGUUGUACUCUAAUUACAUAUUGUGCAAAUAAUCAGCGCCUUGAUUUAUAUCUUAUGCGAAUCACGUAAUUCUACAGCUUUUUCAUUAUUUCUGCUCUUAAAAUUUAAAUAAAAAACCUAGAUAUGCCAAGAAAACUUUGUAAGACACCCAGUAAAUAAAAUUUCAUAUUAAUUUUUUUUUCUAUUAAAACCAAAAAAGUGUUUCAUUUUUGUGCAUUUUCCAUUAACUAGCGA